AAGUUGAAUUCCUCAGUUUACCCCUCCCACCUCCAGGAAGGCUGAUGAGCGGAAGUGGGCGGGCAAGGAGUAGAGGCAAUCACGUGUGAUGAGAAAAAGGGGCGGGCAGUGAACUGGGAGGCUCUAGCGCGGAGCGGAGCAUGCCGGGAUUAAUCGCGGGCUGGUCUUGACUAAAGCAGAGGCUAAGUCGUCUGGCUGCGGAGAAGCGGACGCCUCUUCCUCCUACGGACACGCUGUCUUUGCUCUCCGAGCACCCCCAAAACACCUAGCUCCAGCAGUGGGUGUGUGAAUCUCAAUGUGGACAUCCCCGGAAAGUAUACUGUCAAGAACUGAAUUGUUGAAAUGAGCAGUCGUAAAUCGAAAAACAGCAAUCUAAAACAUGGAGAGUGUAUUUCACAGGUGCAGAGAAUUUUACGUGAAAGAUUUUGUCAUCAGAUUCCCAAGGGUAACCUAUUUGGAGUCCAAGCACAAUACAAGCAUUUAAUUGAACUGCUAAAACGAACAGCUAUUCAUGGAGAAAGUAACUCUGCAUUAAUUAUUGGACCAAGAGGAUCAGGAAAGACUAUGAUAUUAAAUCAAGCUUUGGAAGAACUCAUGGAAUUAAAACAAGUGCGAGAAAAUGUUUUGCAAGUUCACCUAAAUGGAUUACUGCAGAUCAAUGAUAAAAUUGCUCUGAAGGAAAUCACGAAACAAUUAUGUCUGGAAAAUGUAGUUGGCGAUAAAAUUUUUGGAACCUUUGCUGAAAAUCUUUCUUUUCUUCUGGAAGCUUUAAAAAAAGGUGACCGCACUACCAGUUGUCCUGUGAUCUUCAUUCUGGAUGAAUUUGAUCUCUUUGCACAUCAUAAAAACCAAACACUCCUCUAUAACCUUUUUGAUAUCUCUCAGUCAGCACAGACUCCUGUUGCUGUUAUUGGUCUUACAUGUAGAUUGGAUAUUCUUGAACUCCUGGAAAAAAGAGUGAAGUCACGAUUUUCUCACCGGCAGAUACAUUUAAUGAAUUCCUUUAGUUUCUCACAAUAUCUUAAAAUAUUUAAAGAACAAUUAACACUACCUGAAGAAUUUCCAGACAAGCACUUUACUGAGAAAUGGAAUGAAACAGUUCAGGGUCUCUCAGAAGAUAAGAAUGUGAAAGAUGUUCUGCUGAAACAUUUUCAUGCUAGUAAAGACCUCCGAUCAUUGCAUAUGUUACUGAUGCUUGCUUUAAGUCACAUAACAUCAUCUCGUCCAUUUAUUAUCCCAACAGACCUGAUAGAAGCAAACCAUUUGUGUAGUAUGGACUCUAAAGCAAAUAUUGUACAUGGUCUUUCAGUGUUAGAAAUCUGUCUUCUUAUAGCAAUGAAACAUUUAAAUGACAUUUAUCAGGAUGAACCUUUUAAUUUUCAAAUGGUAUAUAAUGAAUUUCAGAAGUUUAUCCAAAGGAAGGCCCAUUCAGUUUAUAAUUUUGAAAAACCUGUUGUUAUGAAGGCAUUUGAACACUUACAGCAACUAGAAUUAGUAAAAGUGAUGGAGAGAACAUCAGUAAAUACACAGAGAGAAUACCAACUGGUGAAAUUGCUUUUGGACAAUAAUCAAAUUAUGGAUGCUCUUCAAAAGUACCCAAACUGCCCUACAGAUGUUAGGCAGUGGGCAGCUUCUUCACUGAGCUGGUUGUAAAUCUGACCAACAAUUUAGGUAUCUGAAUAAAUCAAAUUAUGUUGCCUUUAAAGCUGAGAGAUCUCAACAUUGUAAAAGUUUUAAUAAAGCAUUAUGACUUGUAAAAUUUCUUAUAUGAUAGGACAUUUUCUAUAAGAUGCAUUCUAUGUGUAGUCUUUAAUUUAGUAAGCCUUUUUUAAAAAUAUAAAAGAGAAUAGAAAUUUGAGUUUCUUAGUUCAAAAGUCAUUUUUAUGCAUUUGACUUACUGAACUUUUGAAUUUUGUCUGCUAUAUAUGAUUUUUGUUGUUCAAAAUGUUUGUGAUUCUGUUUGACUUGGUACAAUGUUUAUGUUCACUUAAGGAACAUGUUUUUAGUUACAAAGAAUAAAAUUUAAUCAUUUUAUCAAA